AUGAAGGACUACCACUACGUGGAUGAUUUUAUAUACAGCGGCGACAACUACGUGGAAGUCGGAAACAUCGCAACUCAGGUCAGAGACAUCCAUGCAGCAGGUGGUUUCCACAUACGCAAUUGGUCUUCGAACUCAAAGGACGUCCUACGAAUACUAAAGAGCGAUUCGCUACUCCCCGAAGCUGUCGAAAUUACCGCAACAGAAAAGGUACUCGGCUUAUAUUGGAUGCCGAACUCCGACGUAUUCACAUUCAUCUGCAAGUUCGCCAGGCUGAAGCGCAACGUUUUAGACAGCGACAAAACACCAACCAAACGCGAGCUCUUGCAAGUACUUAUGUCAAUGUACGACCCACUCGGCUUCAUCUCAUGCUUUACAGUAGAGCUGAAAAUCCUACUGCAAGAAGUCUGGAGAAGCGGCAUUGGCUGGGAUGCUGGUUUGCCCGACGCAUUGUUACCCAAAUGGAUACGAUGGAAACGGAUCCUUACAACAAUCGCCGGAUUGACCAUCCCGAGAUGUUAUUUCAACAGCAGCGAUCAAAUCCAUGAUGUCCAGUUACACACGUUCGUUGACGCCAGCGAAUUGGCAUACGCAGCAGUCUGCUACCUUCGGAUACGCCAGGGGGAAAGAACCUACCUCAGCUUCGUGGCCUCCAAGGCGAAAGUGGCACCGUUGAGUCCACUAUCUAUACCAAGGAUGGAACUGCAGGCCGCAGUUAUCGGAGCAAAGCUGAGCAACCGAAUCCAACGCAAUCCAAGAUUGUCAAUUAACUCGAGUUGUUAUUGGUCCGACUCAAAGACUGUUCUCAAAUGGCUUCGUAUGGAUCCACGAAAGUUUCAGCAAUUCGUCAUGCACCGCGUGGGCGAAAUACUGGAAUUCACAAACGUUAGCCAAUGGAACUGGGUUCCAACCAACCUUAACCCUGCAGAUCUUGCUACUAAAACAAACAACGCCAAUAAAUAUAAAACUUGGCUACACGGUCCAGACUAUUUGCUGCAGGAUCAACACGAGUGGCCAAAAUGCGAUGAUUUGGGGCCACCAAACAAUGCUGAAGUCAGGCAUAACAUACUCUUCAUCGACAAUUCGCCGAUGGAGCUAAAACUUAACGCGGAAUAUUUUUCCGACUGGCGCAGGCUAUAUCGAGCUUUAGCGCGCUUUAUUCUCUACAUUGAGAAACUGAAAGCGAAACAAAAGAAGGCAUCGCCACCUACAGAGGUGUCUUACGAGAUGAUUCAGCAGGCACGCACACUCCUACUGCGGCAUGCGCAGUCAUCUGAAUUCAACCCAGAAAUUCGCAACUUAACGAGAGGCUGGCUGCCCUACCAACGUCCCUUCACUUACGUCGGUAUCGACUACUUCGGGCCCUUCUUGGUUGCU